GUGAUACACGUUCUUCUUCGACCUCGAUUGUAUCUUCAUCCGCACGCCACAGCAACCUUCCCUCACUCCAUUUCUAAACUUCUGAAGCGGAUCGGAGAUGAACUCGUCGAGCCUGCUACUGGAAGAGCCGAUUCGGAUGGCUUCCAUUCUCGAGCCGUCCAAAUCGAGCUUCUAUCCGGCAAUGACGAAGAUCAUAGGGACGCUGGGAACGAAAUCGCGAUCUGUAGACACCAUUUCGGAAUGCCUCAAAUCUGGAAUGUCUGUUGCGCGCUUUGAUUUUUCCUGGGGCGAUUCUGAGUAUCAUCAGGAGACAUUAGAAAAUUUGAAGACGGCCUCUAAGAACACCAAGAAGAUGUGUGGAGUUAUGCUGGACACCAUUGGCCCGGAAAUGCAAGUCAUCAAUAAAAGCAACCAUCCUAUUUCUCUUCAAGCAGAUUCCUUGCUGGUUUUGACUCCCGAUGUAGAAAAGGAAGCCACUUCAAAUCUACUCCCUAUAAAUUUUAGCUGCUUAGCAAAGUCGGUGAAAACCGGAGACAACAUUUUUAUUGGUCAAUACUUGUUCACAGGAAGUGAAACUACCUCAGUGUGGCUUGAGGUAACUGAGGUUAAAGGAGAAGAUGUGGUUUGCCUGAUAAAAAAUGCUGCCACCUUGUGGGGUUCUUUGUACACUUUACACGUCUCUCAAAUUCACAUUGAUCAGCCUACCCUGACUGAACAGGAUAAGGAGGUCAUAAGCACUUGGGGAGUUAGGAACAAGAUAGACUUUCUUUCACUGUCAUAUACACGACAUGCAGAAGACAUUCGACAUGCUCGUGAUUUUCUUUCCAAGUUAGGGGAUCUGAGUCAAGCUCAAAUUUUUGCAAAGAUUGAAAAUGUGGAGGGAUUGACACACUUUGACGAGAUUCUACAAGAAGCAGACGGAAUCAUUUUUGCCCGAGGAAAUCUAGGGGUUGAUCUCCCCCCUGAGAAGGUGUUUUUCUUUCAGAAGGUUGCACUUUUCAAGUGCAACAUGGCCGGGAAACCAGCAGUGGUUACUCGUGUUGUGGACAGUAUGACUGAUAACUUGCGACCCACUCGUGCUGAGGCAACUGAUGUUGCCAAUGCUGUGCUAGAUGGCUGUGAUGCGAUUCUCCUAGGUGCAGAGACCUUGCGAGGAUUAUAUCCUGUUGAGACUAUCUCGAUUGUUGGCAAAAUUUGUUCUGAGGCUGAGAAGGUUUUCAACCAAGACCACUAUUUCAAGAGAGCUAUUAAAAAUGUUGGAGAACCAAUGUCUCACUUGGAAUCUAUUGCAUCCGCUGCGGUGCGGGCUGCCAUCAAGGUCAAGGCAUCUGUUAUUAUUUGUUUCACAUCAUCAGGGAGAACAGCAAGAUUAAUAGCAAAGUAUAAGCCAACAAUGCCGGUGUUAUCUGUUGUUAUCCCUCUCAUGAAGAGCAAUCAACUUAGGUGGACAUUUUCUGGGGCUUUUGAGCAGGCAAGACAAUCUCUCAUAGUCAGAGGCCUUUUCCCCAUGCUUGCUGAUCCUCGACACCCGGCCGAGUCCACUACUAACGCAACAAACGAGUCAGUGCUGAAGAUUGCGCUGGAGCAUGGGAAGGGCAUGGGGGUAAUAAAGCCGCAUGACCGGGUUGUGGUAUGCCAGAAGAUAGGGGAUUCUUCUGUUGUGAAGAUCAUUGAGCUUGAGGACUAGAAGAGCAAUCCAUUUCCAUGUAGGUUGUUUCAUUGCUCUAGUCUAUUUAAGCUUUUGCAUUACUAAUUCAAAAGCUAUUUUUCUUAGUAGCCAAUUGGUGAUUGGCAACUAUAAUCAAGUUUUUUGUUAUCGUUUAGAGGCUUACUACACUUUGUGUGCAUGAAUGUUUUUGUAAAGAUUAUCUCCAAAACACACACAUGAAAUUACAGAUAUAAAAAAUAUUCUAAGUUGAAUUGACAGCUUUGGAAUUGAACUAGGAGGUUAAAUUCUAUGGAAUUGAUAUAGGUAAAAUUUGAGUUCUCCCAUUCCAAUUUAUUUUUGACACUACCUAAUUCCAAAUAUACAUAUUUUUGUAUUACCAAACAACAUAAUUAGAAUUUUGGUCUUCAAUACUAAUUCCAAAGUCUGAAUUCCGUGUACCAAACGGAGCAUCAAUGUUUUCUGAAUAAGAAUUCAACACUCUUAUCACACUUGAAGACCUUAUGUGUAUUGUAAAUCACUAAAUCUUAUAGGGGGCAAUCGGAUUGCAUCGUUAAAAAAAUUGUGAAAUGCCUGAUAUGCCCUCGAGGGCAAUUCUUCGUUAACACCAACCCCAAAUUCCACUGCUACUCCAAAUAUGUCCUCCGCCAUAUUCAAAUCCUACUUCAAUCUUGCUGGCGAAUCGACAAAUAUUAGUUGGAUUUGGUUGGCAUAACAUAUUCAUAAUUACAAAUCAAAUGCAAUAUUCAUUUUAGUUUCCAAAUACUGCAAAUAAAGUUUACUCGGUAUU